CAGCCGGAGCCGAGUAGUGCCGGUGACCGACACUAGAGGCUUCCCCUGAUGCCCGCCGCCUGUCUUGUUGUGGUUAGCUGGAUGCUAGCCCAUGCCGUCUGCUGCAGCCGGUUUUACGGGGAUGGCUGUCCCAUGAGGUCGGGGAGCGGCACUUUUGUCUGACUAAACACCGAGUGAAGUUUGGUGGCCAUGGCCGGUGUUUUCGACAUCGAUUUGGAUCAACCGGAUGGGAAUGUUUCUGACGACGACCUCGAGGAUGGGAGACACCGGCGCCACCGCGUCUUCAAUGUACUGACGGAGGGGAGGUGAACAACGACGGCAGGAAUGAAGCACGCCGAUCAUACAGGAGUGAAGAGUCACCCUCAAUGUGGCGUUUUAUUUCACCGGUUGUAGCCAACACCACCCAUGUCGCCAUGACGAUGGAGCGCGCUGGGCCAGCCUGGUGAAUACAUGGACCAGUGCAGUGGCUUUGACUUUAACAUGGAUGACUGUGAGAAGUUUGAAAUUUCAGAAAACAGCGUCAACCAGGGAACAGAGCCGAUCAGGCCUGAAUGCUUUGAGCUGCUGAAAGUUUUGGGAAAAGGUGGCUAUGGAAAGGUGUUUCAAGUGCGGAAGGUUUCUGGUUCCACCUCUGGGAAGAUAUUCGCAAUGAAAGUUUUGAAGAAAGCCAUGAUUGUGCGUAAUGCGAAGGACACCGCUCACACUAAAGCCGAGAGGAACAUCCUGGAGGAGGUGAAGCAUCCUUUCAUCGUGGACCUCAUCUAUGCCUUCCAGACCGGGGGAAAGCUGUACCUCAUCCUGGAGUAUCUGAGCGGAGGGGAGCUGUUUAUGCAACUGGAAAGAGAGGGCAUCUUCAUGGAGGACACGGCAUGUUUCUACCUGGCUGAGAUCUCAAUGGCACUUGGCCACCUGCACCAGAAAGGCAUCAUCUACAGAGACCUGAAGCCCGAGAACAUCAUGCUCAACAACAACGGACAUGUAAAGCUGACAGACUUUGGUCUUUGCAAAGAGUCCAUCCACGACGGGACGGUGACCCACACCUUCUGUGGCACUAUCGAAUACAUGGCUCCAGAGAUCCUGAUGAGGAGUGGACACAACCGAGCUGUUGACUGGUGGAGUUUGGGAGCUCUUAUGUAUGACAUGCUGACAGGGGCACCCCCAUUCACCGGUGAAAACCGAAAAAAGACAAUUGAUAAAAUCUUGAAAUGCAAACUCAGCCUUCCGCCUUACCUAACACAAGAAGCCAGGGACCUCCUGAAAAAGCUGCUGAAACGAAAUGCCUCGUUGCGUCUUGGUGCCGGACCAGGAGAUGCUGCCGAGGUCCAGGCCCACCCAUUCUUCCGUCACAUCAAUUGGGAUGACCUCCUGGCUCGCAAAGUAGAGCCUCCAUUUAAGCCAUAUCUGCAAUCGGCUGAUGACGUCAGCCAGUUUGACUCCAAGUUCACCAGCCAGACUCCAGUGGACAGCCCUGAUGACUCCACGCUCAGCGAGAGUGCCAAUCAAGCCUUCCUGGGUUUCACAUAUGUAGCCCCGUCUGUUCUGGAAAACGUCAAAGAAAGGUUCUCUCUUGAGCCAAAGGUGCGCUCACCCCGGAAGUUCCCAGGAAGCCCAAGAACACCUGUGAGUCCGGUGAAGUUUGUAGCUGGGGACUGCUGGCUGCGGGGACCGCCGGCGACGGGACGCACUGCGGAGCAACCCAUGGAGGUGUCUGCAGCGGAGACAAUGGACACGAGCGGCAGUGGCUCUGAGGCCUCUGCGCCGCUCCCCAUCAGGCUCCCUAAAGGCAUCAACGCGGGACACUCCAAAAAGCAGACCUACCCCAUGAACUCCAAGCGGCCAGAACACCUACGGAUGAACCUAUGACGCUUGGCUCUCCUGAGAACACUAGGACUCUUCUAAUUCCUCGUCGUCUUCCUUUUUUUAUUUGUUUUGCUUUCAGAGAGACUUGUAGAAUAUGUUUUCCAAUUGACUGACGCUGUCAGUGUCGAUCACCAGCUCUUCCAGCAGCGCCUUGCCUCCCCCCUGACGCAGAUAAUCAGCAGUGCAGUAGAUAGGAGAGUCGGGGGAAGUUGGGUGAGCGAGGUGGCUCUUCAACGAGAGUUUGCUUGCUUCUUGUAGGCUCAGUAACGACGUGUGUACUCUACUGACAUUAUAUGGUGCUCUUUGAUCCUCAAGUCUGCUGAAUGUUAAUUCUGGUGUUGAUGACUCAUUGCGUCAUUGGCUGGUUAUUUGCACCUGGAUAUGCAGGGCUUUUGUGAGAACUCACAGGGUUUGCUGCGAGUAGGUACAUUUAUUAGGAAACCGUUCCACAACGAACACAGUAUUCCUUUCAUGUUUAAGGAGAACAAUCACGUUGCCUUUUGUCACUGGAGCGUGUGGCCAGUAGCAGGGUGGAGUGCGAAUAAAAUUUUUAAAAAAGACUUGAGGUGAACUUUCAGCUGAAGGCAUCGCUUCCACCACAAUCAGUACCAACGGCUGGCUGCUUCACUCGGUCUGACUGGGGUGCGUUCUGUCGGAGGCCUGGUCUGUAUCUUUGUGUUGAAUGUAAGCCGACUGUAUGCAUUGUUUUUUUUGCGUGAAUCUCCUGCACUGCAUUGCUCUAAUCAACCCUGCACCAUUAGUUUUAACUCACCUACUCGUGUGAUCUCGACCCGCAAUCCACACAUUCAUUUUUGCUGAAAUGCAUUGAUUCAGGCCGUGUUCAUGUGUUUGUGCUUUGUGUAUCCCUUCCAUGCGUUUGCAGUAAGUGGGUCCAUGUGGUAGAGGCUGAGCCCUGAUUGGGAGGAGAUGUAUGACCUGUUUGUGUGAUGCGCAGCUACUAUAUGAGCCUCUGGAGUCAAGCCAUUGAAAUCUGCACUACCGACCGCGCUGUCAGGUGCAGAUUCCCUCAAUGACAAGUGAAAGUUAAAUGGAUGAAAAUGAGCUUCAGUUUGAAAGGCUCCUUGGUGUUUCCUGUUAUCAGCACAUACUGUUUCAAUGACCAAAUGCUUUCUCUUUUGCUGUUGAGAAAAAGCUCCGGACAACAAGUGUGUUGCUGGUUAGCUAGAACUACAAGGUCAAAGGUCACACACAUUUGGGUUUGUUUUACACAUUGAUGCUGGCAGAGACCGUUUAGGGUUAUUUGAUGAGUAGCUCAGACAACGGUUCCUAAAUGGACCUUUGUCAGUCUGAGCCAACUCGCUUUCUUCUACCAUUCCGGUACAAUUGUGUUUAUGACCAAUCACUAGUUUUUUUUAAUUUUUAUUACACCUAACGUUUGGUUAAUUUGUUACAAUAUUUAUUUCAAGUGCCAAUGUGUUUCCACUGUAUUGUUCACACUAUGCAAGCUAUAUAUUUAUUAUGUAGUGUUAUUUAGGUCAGGCAGCAGAAUGGGUCAUCAUUUGAUUUGGAAUUCUGUCGAGACUUGAUAUGCUAUAAUGGUAACAAGCAUGUACAGUAUAAUUUUAUUUUUACAGAACUUGUCUUACAGCAUUCUCAGAUGAAUUCCAAAUUUGGGGAGUUACCUUAAUGCCCUACAGUAUUUAUUCUGUCUUAGUAUCAAAGUGAAGGGAGACUUUUAGAAAACAUUUCAAUUAUCUUAAACCUGAGCAUGUUUGUUUUGCAUUGAAAAAACUGAUGCAAAACCAACGAUGUUCGUUUGCUUCACAUAUGAUCUAAGCAGGAUCGCGUGUGUGCGCAGGUACUUUUGAGUAUCCGCCACACUCAAACAACAUGAGUUGUUUGAGAACUAACAUCAAGCUUCCUUCAGGUAUGAAACACUUUCUUUGACUACAGCAGGUAUUAACUUUAUCCCUGUUGCUGGUUACCUCAAGAUAUGACCCUCGAAAUGGAAAUAUUGCAUAAUGUUAAUAUGCAUCACGUAUAUAUGAUGAAGUUAAAAUAAAUGAUCAGCAGCAAUGUAACAAUGGAAUUUACAAAGUGGCGAACCGAUUAUCUUGGGUUGUCUACUGGAUUAAUGUGAUUCAAAGGUUUAGCUACUCAGCAAAAAAGAUUCUCAAACAUUCAAAAGAUAGAUCUUUAUUCAGAUGCAUUUAAAUGGAUAAAAGGAACCGUAAAAGGAUUUUGUACAUAAUAAAAAUAGAAGUUUU